AUAAUAUGUUGGCUCAGAUCUUUGCUGCUGCCACACCCUGUGUCUCUCAGGAUCCCUAGGUCCUAUUGUGAUUAGAGUGUGCCCUGCCUGUCACCGAAAUGACCCUGGAAAGUGGCUGCUGUGGAAGGCUGCUGAAUGCAAAAUGGAUUUUUCUCCCUGCUGUUUGGGGCGAUGCUGGCUCAGGGAUUCUUAGCUGCAGGAGGAGGGGCUGGCGGGCCUGAACUGCAGUUGGAUUUAGUGGCCUGGAGUUUUCUGGUUUUCAUUAAAAUUCUCUGGCUGUUUUUCGGGAUUGCUCCAUUGGCUAUGGCUGUUUGUGCUGUUCUUUCAGCCUCACACACCCAUCAAAUCACAGUGGCCCUGAGGCCGAGAGAAAAUUGAAGCUGUGUAAAUGAGUAUGGAAGAUUAUGAUUUCCUGUUUAAAAUUGUUUUGAUUGGCAAUGCCGGCGUGGGGAAGACGUGCCUAGUACGACGAUUCACUCAGGGUCUUUUCCCCCCAGGGCAAGGAGCCACAAUUGGAGUUGAUUUUAUGAUUAAGACAGUGGAGAUUAAUGGUGAAAAAGUAAAGCUUCAGAUCUGGGACACAGCAGGUCAAGAGAGAUUUCGGUCCAUUACCCAGAGUUACUACCGAAGCGCCAAUGCCUUGAUCCUCACCUAUGACAUCACCUGUGAGGAAUCCUUCCGUUGCCUUCCUGAGUGGCUGCGGGAGAUAGAACAGUAUGCCAGCAACAAGGUCAUCACUGUGCUCGUUGGCAACAAGAUUGAUUUGGCUGAAAGGAGAGAGGUCUCCCAGCAGAGAGCUGAAGAAUUCUCAGAAGCCCAGGACAUGUAUUAUCUGGAGACCUCAGCCAAGGAAUCUGAUAACGUGGAGAAACUCUUCCUUGACUUGGCGUGCCGCCUCAUCAGCGAAGCCAGGCAGAACACACUUGUGAACAGUGUAUCAUCACCCUUACCUGGAGAAGGGAAAAGCAUCAGCUAUUUGACUUGUUGUAACUUCAACUAAAGGCUGAGGCCAGGAGAAACAAGAGGAAUCAGCAGCUGCUCUGAUGGCCACAAAUUGCUGGGGAAAUCUGGCGACGAUGAUGGCCCCCGCUCUUGGACCUUCUGACUCCUGAGUUUACAACGCAUGGCCGGCCAAGGGCCUGGUCCACAGGCCGGCACUAGCAGAACCUAUAACGGCUUCAUCCUUUUGCAGUCUGGAGUCAGAGCAAGGAGAAAAUUGCACUAGGCACUCCAUGACCUGCAAAGCAUGUUGCUUUUGUUUUUUUUAAAAAAGCAAGCAAAAGCGCAUUCCUGAACCCAGUCGGGAGAAUCCCUCCUGCACACGAGUGGGUGCAUGUGAGGGCUGUUCCUUAGGGCUUCUGGGGGCCUUGGUUUUCUUGUCCACCAGAUAAACCAAAACUGGGAAGGCCAAGUACUGUCUCUGUGGUGUGUGUUGAUGACCCCAUGGAGAUUUUGAAGUGUUAUUUCUCUUGUCCGCAGGCACUUUCAAGAACUUUGGGAUGUAAAAAUGAAAUGAAACCUUUACCCAUGACCAACAGUUAACAAUUAUUGUUUUAAUGAUAUAUAUAUAUAUAAGCUCAUGACUCCUCUUGGUGCUAAUGAU